GGCGGUCUUCUCCCGCCUGUUAGCCAGUCUCGCCCGGCGUACCCUUAAAUAACCUCCACGUCCGCGCAUGCGCGCCAAGGCUGGUCCGCAUCCCCGCCACCCGGAGUGUGGCCAUAUUGGUAAAGGUGCUGGGACCGAGGUAGAACGGGACUCCCAAGUUCUCGCGGGAGCUAGGGGCGGGACUGCCACGUCCGAGCAAACCGGGAAAGGAGAGGAUCCCGGAGCCGCGUGAUGGCCAGAGGCCUGGGGGCCCCCCGCUGGGUGGCCGUGGGACUGCUGACCUGGGCGGCCUUGGGGCUGCUAGUGGCCGGACACGGGGGUCAUGGAGACCUUUACGAAGACCUGCACGAGGACUUCCACGGCCACAGCCACAGGCACUCACAUGAGGAUUUCCACCACGGACACAGCCAUGCCCAUGGCCACGGCCACACUCACGAGAGCAUCUGGCAUGGGCAUACCCACGGUCACGACCACGGACAUGCACACGAGGAUUUGCACCAUGGCCAUAGUCACGGCCACUCCCAUGAGAGCCUCCACCACCGAGGACACGGACAUGACCAUGAGCACAGUCAUGGAGGCUAUGGGGAGUCUGGGGCUCUAGGCGUCAAGCAGGACCUGGACAGUGUCACUCUCUGGGCCUAUGCACUGGGGGCCACGGUGCUGAUCUCUGCAGCUCCAUUUUUCGUCCUCUUUCUUAUCCCUGUGGAGUCAAACUCCGCUCGCCACCGCUCUUUGCUCCAGAUCUUGCUGAGUUUUGCUUCUGGUGGGCUCUUGGGAGAUGCUUUCCUGCACCUCAUUCCUCAUGCUUUGGAACCUCAUUCUCACCACCCUCUGGAGCAGCCAGGACAUGGACAUUCCCACAGUGGCCAGGGCCCCAUUCUCUCUGUAGGACUGUGGGUCCUCAGUGGGAUUGUCGCCUUUCUUGUGGUGGAGAAAUUUGUGAGACAUGUAAAAGGAGGACAUGGACACAGUCACGGACAUGGACAUGCUCAUGGUCACACACAUGAAAGUCAUGAACAUGGAAGACAGGAGCGUUCUUCGAAGGAGAAACAGAGCUCAGAGGAAGAAGAAAAGGAGGCAGGGGCCUUGAGGAAGAGGAGAGGGGGGAGUACAAGGCCCAAAGAUGGGCCAGUGAGACCUCAGAACGCUGAAGAGGAGAAAGCAGGGUCAGACCUACGUGUAUCAGGGUACCUGAACUUGGCUGCAGACCUGGCACACAACUUCACGGAUGGUCUAGCCAUUGGUGCUUCAUUUCGAGGGGGCCGGGGGCUGGGGAUCCUGACCACAAUGACUGUUCUGCUACAUGAGGUGCCCCAUGAAGUAGGAGACUUUGCCAUCUUGGUCCAGUCUGGCUGCAGCAAAAAGCAGGCGAUGCGUCUGCAGCUGCUGACGGCAGUAGGGGCACUGGCAGGCGCAGCCUGUGCCCUUCUAACUGAAGGAGGGGCAGUGGGCAGUGACGUGGCAGGCGGCGCAGGUCCUGGCUGGAUUCUGCCAUUCACUGCUGGUGGCUUUAUCUACAUAGCGACGGUGUCGGUGUUGCCUGAGCUGCUGAAGGAGGCAUCACCAUUGCAGUCACUUCUGGAGGUGCUGGGGCUGUUGGGGGGAGUUGUCAUGAUGGUGUUGAUUGCCCACCUCGAGUGAGAGAUGGGGUAAACCAGCCCCAAACCUCUAGCCUCUAAGCCCUCCAGGUCAGGGGUCUGCGGAGGCUGGGGGUCCUGGCCUAGGACAUCUGCCAAAGGAGAGAGUUGUAUCCUAGGGAAAUGGUGACUUUGGCUUGAGGGCUGUCAAGAUGGGGCAGUCAUGCAGGGGCUGCAGAGGUGAGGAUGAAGUCCAGGGGGGCCCUAGUGUUGGGCACGUGCUGACCAUGUUGCUGGGUUUGAGGACUAGAGCCGGAAGGCCGAAGGAGAGGAGUCCUACCCCACGUCCCCCACCCUACCUGUUCACAGAGGACCAAGCCGCCACGCACAGGCUUCUCCAGGGCCCACCUCCCUCUCUCCCGCCUGUUGGUGGAGGCUCCAGGGAAGACCAGAGCCCUCCACAAAGGGAGUAGCAGAAGUCGGGGAUAAACGUCAAUCGUGUGACCUGAUUUGGGAGUGAUUGGGGGGCGGGGCGGGAAUGGCUAGUUGCUAAUCUCAUAGCCUGAUUUUUUUGUUUGUUUCUAUUCUUUUAUAUUACUUUGAAUAGAGGAGGGGUGGGGACCGGAAAUAAAACCCUCGGACCUUGCGUUCUA